AGGGGGUGGUGCCGUGACGUAACUAUUGGGUAACACGAGGUGGUUCCGCCCCGCAGCACAAGAGCCAUUUUGUGAAAGAAGAAGAGCAGGAGAGGUGGCUCUGUUGGAGACCGAAAUUCUCGACUCUGUAUCAAGUCUCCAUCCUCUCCAGUAUUGCUAUGCAUCGUGACUCCUGUCCCUUGGACUGUAAAGUCUAUGUUGGGAAUCUUGGAAACAAUGGCAACAAGACAGAAUUAGAAAGAGCGUUCGGCUAUUAUGGACCUCUGCGCAGUGUGUGGGUUGCACGGAAUCCUCCAGGGUUUGCUUUUGUAGAAUUUGAAGAUCCCCGUGAUGCAGCAGAUGCUGUUAGAGAGCUGGAUGGAAGGACGCUUUGUGGGUGCCGAGUUAGGGUUGAAUUAUCCAAUGGUGAGAAAAGAAGCAGAAACAGAGGACCUCCUCCUUCAUGGAACAGACGGCCCCGAGAUGACUAUCGAAGAAAAAGUUCACCACCAAGACGCAGGUCACCCAGAAAGAGGAGCUUUUCUCGUAGCCGUAGCAGGUCUCUUUCUAGAGAUCGGAGGAGAGAAAGAUCAUUGUCCAGAGAAAGGAACCAUAAGCCAUCUCGCUCUUUCUCUCGAUCAAGAAGUCGUUCUAGGUCCAAUGAGCGGAAGUGAAGCAGCUACCUUCAGCCGUGUACAGACAAAUGCAUUGAAAAGGGUUUUCUGUUUUUGAAAUGUCCUACAUGUUUUAAGAUUAUUUUUUUUUUUAUUUGCUUUGUACUGUAACUUGUAACAAGUGAUGAGAAAUGUGAUUCUGUACAUGGUUCUAAGCAGAUACAGUCAAAUAAUAAACCAGUUAACUUUAUACUGUUAGAUAAAGAACUUAUUUUUUUUUUUUCCAACCACCCCACUAAUUUUCCUCGGGAAAUAUACAAACAUGGCACUUGCAUAGGACUGAAUGAAAAUAUCCAUCCAUCACCAUAUGAAGGAUGGACCAUGUACACCAAAAUGUUGCCCUCUAUUACUUAAAAUGAGACAAAUGUGAAUUCCUCUAAGUGUUUUCAGAUACUGUUCCCAACAGGGGAUCCUUAGAUGGGCUGUCUCAGUAUUUUUAUUGUAACCAUGUGAUCCAGCUUCUAUUCAGUUUUUCAAAGCUUCAGAUGCAAGUUGCCCUGGUCAUGUUAUUUAAUUGUGCAGAUUUCACUGCUCCACUACAUUUUCCCCUCAUUACGCUGUAAACAGCACUGCUUUACCAUUUGUAGAAAUCCUUUUUUUUUUUUUUUUUUUAUAAAAACGUUUUAGUGCACCUUACAUGUGUCUUGAUGUUCUUGUGUAGAGUCUUGCAGUAUACAGCAAUUAUGUAAAGUUGUAAAUGUGUGGCUGUUGCAAUUGUUCUCAGAUCUUUUAAACCAUGUGACUUCUGGAUUCUUUUUUUCUUUGGGAUUAAAGUUUUUGGUUAAAA